UAUUUUGCAGCAUGUAGCACAGCGACAAGUAGCUUUACUCGGUUUCCCCCGUUUUUAAUUCCCCUAGUUUUAUUUUAUUAUUAUUUAUUUCGGGACAAAAGCGAAAUUUCGUUUCGUUCGUUAUUUCAUCCGUCCGCCACGAAUGCGAAAUCGGUCGCUUUAAUUGUGACUGUGAGUCGUGUGGACUUGGUGUCGACACCCGUUCUGUGUGCUGUUCCCUUUUGAGCGAGUUGCUUGAGAACAUGGACUGGACACUGAGUCGGUGUCGGUGACGACGUCGAAGAUCGACAGCGUCCAGCAUGGACGAUGCGAGUGGGGCGAGUGCAGAAGUGUCGAUGGUGGCCGCUGCCGACGCGCUGGUCAUCAGCAGGGAGCAUCCAGUAACUAUUCAGGUGCCCAGUUGUUUCCAGAACCGUCGAAGGCAUCGACAGCGACUCUUGGCGCCGCAGCUCCAGAUCAAAGCUGAGCAUGUCGACGACGACGAUGACGAACAUGCUUCAGCCGACGUGAAACCGUUCAGGUGGCGUUUUUCUUCUUCUUCGUCGUCCUCUGAUUCAUUGACGGCUUUUGUUCCUUUGUUUUCGGAGCCGAAAAUAGAACACUGGUUAAUCGUUUCCGCGAUGCUAAACGACGAGGACGAGAUGCCGUGCAUAUGCGUGUUGCAUUAA